AUACUGUACUUCAUGGACGGUGGAGUUGUCCAAGGCCUAGAUGGAUCAUCCGCAAACAGUAGGGGGAAAGGAGCAGAUGAUACGGUACGGUAACCUGCCACCUCCCCUGGAUCUGGAAUGGAUCCAUCCAUCCAGCUGUUCUCCUGAUCCUUUCCUUUGUUAUUACUUCCCCAUCACUCUCCCAUCUCCCCUCUCCCACUUCCUCCUUCUCUUUUCUUGUGUGUCUUCUCCAGCGUCAAUUCUGGUCUCGGCAACCUUGGUCUUGUCCUGGGCUUUACUCUCUACCUUUUUAAAUCUUCUUUCCUUUUCUCUUGGGGUUUCCUGACUUCUUUCGACCUAUCUCUCCUCCCCCCCCCCCCCCCCCCCCCC